GUGAUAAUGAUGUUGUGAAUUGUGAUUUAAUUAAAAAACAUUAAACAACAACAUGAGUUUUUUAAUAAGAACAUCAAAUUAAACUGCCAAUAUUUUUUAAAAAGAAACGAAUUACACCAGUAUUUAUUUAAUAAGAUGUUAAACUUUUUAAAAACUUGAGUUAUUGAAAAAUUAACGAAUUAAAUAAACAAAUUGAUAAGGUCAAAUAAUUAUAAUGGCUACACGAGAUGGGGUAGAUUAUGAUCCUGCGGAUGGCAAUUAUUCUGAAGUUGUUCUUACCAUUAGAAUUUUAAUGGGAAAGGAAGUCAUUCCUUUAAUUGGAGAGUAUGGAGAAGUUGUUCGAGACCUUCGAAACCAAUCAGGAGCAUCUAUAUCGAUUACUGAUAGUUCCACUCCAGAACGUAUCGUGACUGUCACUGGUAAUAUAAGUAUCAUACAAAAGGCAUUUAAACUUAUUACAAACAUUUUGGAACAGAAUAAUUUGAUUCAUUUACAAAAUAAUCGUAAGGCACCAAAUAAUUCUACAACAAUAAAGCUCAUUGUACCUGCGUCCCAAUGUGGUUCAUUAAUUGGAAAAGGAGGUGUAAAAAUUCGAGAAAUUCGAGAAGCAAGUGGAGCGAUGGUAAAUGUAGCUUCUGAUUUAUUAGCCAAUUCAACUGAAAGAACAGUAAGUAUUAGUGGAACUGCUGAAGCCAUCACUGAAGCCAUUCACCAAAUUUGUGUUGUUAUGCUAGAGACUCCGGGAAGAGGUCCAACAGUGGCCUACAGACCUAUAGUGACGCAGCCAGGGCCUGUAGUGUUAUGUGGAGGUCAAGCCUAUACUCUUCAAGGAUCUCUUGCUAUUCCUGCUGUAGGAGAUCAAUCUGCUACGAGCUCGGCUUUAAACACAAUAGCAAGUAUAGCACCUAACCUAAUAGCUGGUUCUGGAUUAGAUCCUUCAGUGCUUGCUGCAUUAGCUGGUAGUCAGUUACGAGGAGGUGGAGUUGGUUCUAAAAAUACACAACAACAUAUCACUCAUGAAAUGGCUAUACCAAAUGAUAUUAUUGGUUGUAUUAUUGGCAAAGGUGGAACAAAAAUUGCGGAAAUUAGGAGAAUAAGUGGGGCUAUGAUAAGAAUAUCAAAUACUGAAGAACAUGAAGCAUCUGGGAAAAUGGAAAGAGCCAUUACUAUUAGUGGACAAUCUGAUGCUGUUAAUGUUGCAAAGACAUUAAUCAAUUUGAGUGUUGAUCAAUAUAAUAAAUCAUCUGGUAGUGAAGCAUUAGAUUAUGAUGAAGAAUGCCCUUCAAAUUUACCUACUGAUACAAAAUCAACAUCUGAAACUUUGGCCACAUUAUUAACAAAUCCUAAUGGUAUCAGUGCUUUAGGGACAUUGACAGGUCUUAAGGAAUUGUUAGGAAACAUUAACAAUAAAAAACAUUUAAUUAAAAAAAGAGAAAAAAAUGAUAACAAAUUUGCCCCCUAUUAAUUGGUUAAACUUUUAUCAUGUUAUUUUGAAUCCAAAAAUGUAUUUUAAUUAUGUAAUUUUGCUUCCAUACUCAUCUAAUUGAAAUGAAAUUAUUGUACAAUUAAUAUC